AGCCGCCGCCGCCGCUCGCCAACAUGGCGGACCUGGAGGCCGUGCUGGCCGAUGUCAGCUACCUGAUGGCGAUGGAGAAGAGCAAGGCGACUCCGGCCGCCCGCGCCAGCAAGAAGAUCGUCCUGCCCGAGCCCAGUAUCCGGAGUGUGAUGCAGAAGUAUCUCGAGGAGAGACAUGAAAUCACUUUCGACAAGAUUUUUAAUCAGAAAAUUGGUUUCUUGCUAUUUAAAGAUUUUUGUUUGAAUGAAAUUAAUGAAGCUGUACCUCAGGUGAAGUUUUAUGAAGAGAUAAAAGAAUAUGAAAAGCUUGAGAAUGAGGAAGAUCGCCUUUGUAGAAGUCGACAAAUUUAUGAUACUUACAUCAUGAAGGAGCUGCUGUCUUGUUCACAUCCAUUCUCAAAGCAAGCUGUAGAACACGUGCAAAGUCAUCUAUCCAAGAAACAAGUGACAUCAACUCUUUUUCAGCCAUACAUAGAAGAAAUUUGUGAAAGUCUUCGAGGCAGCAUUUUUCAAAAAUUCAUGGAAAGUGACAAGUUCACUCGAUUUUGUCAGUGGAAAAACGUGGAAUUAAAUAUCCAUUUGACCAUGAAUGAUUUCAGCGUACAUAGGAUUAUUGGACGAGGAGGAUUCGGUGAAGUAUAUGGUUGCAGGAAAGCAGACACUGGAAAAAUGUAUGCGAUGAAAUGCUUGGAUAAGAAGAGGAUCAAGAUGAAACAAGGAGAAACCUUAGCCUUAAAUGAAAGGAUCAUGUUGUCCCUGGUGAGCACAGGAGAUUGUCCUUUCAUUGUCUGUAUGACCUAUGCCUUCCAUACGCCAGAUAAACUCUGCUUCAUCUUGGAUCUGAUGAACGGGGGCGACUUGCACUAUCACCUUUCACAGCACGGGGUGUUUUCUGAGAAGGAGAUGCGGUUUUACGCCACAGAAGUCAUCCUGGGGCUGGAACACAUGCACAAUCGGUUUGUCGUUUACAGAGAUUUGAAGCCUGCAAAUAUCCUCUUGGAUGAACACGGACACGUUAGGAUAUCAGACCUUGGUCUUGCCUGCGAUUUUUCCAAAAAGAAGCCGCACGCGAGUGUGGGCACCCACGGGUACAUGGCUCCCGAGGUCCUGCAGAAAGGGACUGCGUACGACAGCAGUGCUGACUGGUUCUCCCUGGGUUGUAUGCUUUUCAAACUUCUGAGAGGUCACAGCCCUUUCAGACAACAUAAAACCAAAGAUAAGCAUGAGAUAGACCGAAUGACACUCACCAUGAAUGUGGAACUUCCAGACAUCUUCUCCCCUGAGCUGAAGUCCCUUCUGGAAGGCUUGCUCCAGCGAGACGUUAGUAAGCGACUCGGCUGCCACGGACGCGGUGCACAGGAACUAAAAACGCACAACUUCUUCAGAGGCAUCGACUGGCAGCAAGUCUACCUGCAGAAGUACCCUCCACCCUUGAUCCCUCCCCGGGGGGAAGUCAAUGCGGCCGACGCCUUUGACAUCGGCUCAUUUGAUGAAGAGGAUACCAAAGGCAUCAAGCUUCUUGAUUGCGACCAAGACCUCUACAAGAACUUCCCUCUGGUGAUCUCUGAGCGCUGGCAGCAGGAAGUGGCGGAAACUGUUUAUGAAGCAGUAAAUGCAGACACGGAUAAAAUCGAGGCCAGGAAGAGAGCUAAAAAUAAGCAGCUUGGCCACGAAGAAGAUUACGCUCUGGGAAGAGACUGCAUCAUGCACGGGUACAUGCUGAAGCUGGGAAACCCAUUCCUGACUCAGUGGCAGCGUCGAUAUUUUUACCUCUUUCCAAACAGACUUGAGUGGAGAGGAGAGGGCGAGUCACGACAAAAUUUACUGACAAUGGAACAGAUUGUGUCUGUGGAAGAAACUCAGAUUAAAGACAAAAAGUGCAUUUUGUUGAGGAUAAAAGGAGGGAAGCAAUUUGUCUUGCAGUGUGAGAGUGACCCAGAGUUUUUGCAGUGGAAGAAAGAGCUGACGGAGACGUUCACCGAGGCCCAGCGGCUGUUACGUCGAGCCCCCAAGUUCCUCAACAAAUCCCGCUCGGCCGUCGUGGAGCUCUCGAAGCCGCCCCUCUGCCACAGGAACAGCAAUGGCCUCUGACCCGUGGCACAGGGAGGGUCCCACGAGACGGCACCUCCUCCGGGAAGUCCACGUGGGCUGCUCGACCCGCGAAGUGGAGCCUUUGGGAGAAGUGUGAGGAUGAGAGAUGGAGUCGCUCACCUCCGGGGUGCUCCGUGGCUGGGGGGGCCCAGGACUCUGAGAUGCUCCUACUAGGAGUGGCGACCACCCUCAGGCUUGGGGGCGCCUCCUCCCCUCCGGAGGGUCUCCCGCCACGAUCUCAUCCAUCCGCCCUCGAAACUACUGAAGAAACGAAGUUCUCUUUCUUUGCCACACACUUCUUUUGGUUAUAGAUGAAGCUAGAACUUGAAAUGAUUCCUACUGAUUGUGUCACUUUUUGCGUCCGAUAUCAAAUGUAUCUCAGGCUUGCCAAGAUGAGAUUGAACAGUCUGCCGUUCAGGUCGCCCCACCGUUGCCACGCUCUGUCCAUAAUCAGCCCGGGCUGGGUUUAGAUGUCUUAGCUCCAUAGUCCUGGCAGGAUGGCAGACCAGCUGGGUGUCCUCUGUGCCCUUGAGAACCAGCCUCUCGUUGUCUCGGGGCUUGAAAGCUGCAGAGGUUUUCUGAAAGGGCUGCACCUGGGCCCUCCCUGUGGGUGCCACACCCACGGGUACCAGCCUGCCUCUGACCGGGAGCUUAGGCAGCUGGGACCAAGGGCGUGGGAGCCACUCAACAUCGAAGGCGUCAGAUGGUAGAUGGUUGGAGGCUCACGGUGGCUCUGCAGGAGAGGCAGUGGCGUUUGCAUCUCACGGUGACACAGCCAUUUUCAAACCAUCAAGUCGGUGCACUUCCCCUGGGUGCACAGGACCGCCUGCGGGCGCCCGUCUCGGGCUUGGACUGGAAGCGGUCGUGAGACACAGCAACUCUGGUUCCCUCUGGCUGACCUCAGGAAGCAUCUGGGUAACGGAUGUGUCAAGGAAGGAAACUCUGUUUUACCUUUUAGUAUAAUUUAAAAAUGAAUUUUAUUGAAAAAAGAAUGCUGAAGAUGAAUGUGUCAAAAUGGGUUAACUGUGUAUAUUGACUUGCAUUGUCGUUCAGCUGUCAUUAGCGAAUAAUUCUCUGCCCUGGCAGGUUCUGUGACAGCGACGGCCUGAUCCCAGUGGCCUCCUCUCCCCGUGGUUCGUUUCAUGUCCCAAAUAAGUGCUGGUUUAUAAGAACCAGUGUGUUUCCCAGCCAAGUCCUCCAUGUCAUCAGACUAAAAAUAAUAACAGUAAUUUUCAGAGUCCACAUAUUUGUCCUUUCUUAGUGCAAUUUUAUUGUUCUGAGUCGACUACUAACAAUAUAAAUAGCUUGACAUCGUAAUCAUCUGCAUCCUGUCCUCAGUAUUCUUAGUGGUUCCAAAUCUUUGUGUUUAUAUUUGUGUGCCGCACUCACUGGGAAAGUGAGUCCUUUCUAAUGAAACCAUAUCUUGAGGGUUUGGAGGAUAAUUACCGAAAGAGCCUUUUAUUUCAUAGGAGUUACCUUGGAAGAGAAACUUUGAGGUUCACUAUUUAUCUCAACUACUAGUUGGAAUUUAGCAUACAUGUUCUCCUAUCUGCUGUUUCCAGUAUAGAAGUUGGGGGCUACUAUGUGCAUGGAUUCUCCUGAUUUAAAAGGGAAGAACAGUAUUCAAACAGUGUUUUAAAAAAAAAAAGUAAAAAACAAACCGCCAGAGAUGGAAAAGCUGUUCAUGGCAAGUGAGCAUCUCCCCAGGCGUGGUUGACUGUCACUGUCACCACUGUAGUUGGUUACUGGCUCCAUCGCAGCAUCGCAUGUGCUCAGCACCUGUGGUUCAGAGAUGGGUAAUUACAGUUUAGAAAUCGCUGAGCCUCCUGCCUCUGCUGGACAGGGUAGAGAUGUAGCCUCACGUGGAGAAGGUGCACGAACUCCUUGAGGGUCCGGGCUUAGCGUCUCACGUUCCAUACCCAGGGUACCAGCUACGCCGAUUCGCAUCUCUGAAAAAUAUCAUUUAAGCUCUGAAGUAGAACAUAAGGUUGUCUUUUCUUCGCAAAAGAAAAAUGAAUUGGAACUAUUCCGAGAGCCCUUUCGCCUCGCCUCCAAUUUAUUCCAAGUGAACGUUUACACUCCCUCACGUUUGAUGGGUCACGACAGGGCUGAGAAGAGCAUUACGUGGAUGUGAUCUAUUAAAAGUGCUCUGUGAACUUAGGAGGAGUGGCUUUUUAGGGGGAGGUCCCUGUGUGUGUUCGGGGUUUGGCAGCCCUGGAGAGGCCAGUCUUCCUCCUGAACUCGUGCCUGCAGCCCUUCUGAGGGGGUGUUUCUGCUGCCAGAUGGAAGGCGCUUCCGGAACCCUUCUGUGUCAGCACCUGGUGCUCCCGUGGCCAAAGAAGUCGGUUGGUUUAGAAGUCUUGGUACACGUGGCUGUUUUAGGUCUUAAUGUUUGACCCUACCUACAUUUGGAGUGUUAAAAAGGGCAAAAUUGAGCACCAGUGUUACCAUUAUUUUAGAUUUAUUUGGUUGGGAUAUUUUCACAUUGUCAGAAAAAAUCACUGAAGUUGAUAUUUUUGUAAAAUUAUGUUAAUAGUGUCUUGAUUUCAUGAUUCAAAGGAAUCAUUAAAGCAAAGCCUAAAAAUAAUAGAUUAAGCUGCUCUACACCAUAUAUGGAAUGAAUUUAAAAC